AUCGCAUCGCCAUUUUGCAGUUUGGUGUUUACGUUUCCAGUCUAGGGUGUUUGUGAAUAGUCUUUGGAAUUUUGUGGCCCAAAUUUAAAUUUUCAAAGCUGAUACUCAUAUCGAACUCUGAAAUUUAAUUGUAAAGGUGAAAAAAUAAUCCCUAACAUGAUAAAGUGCAGAACUUGUCUAGAAGAUGCAGACGAAUGUACUAGCGUAAAUAUCGCUAAAGAAAGUACCUUAGGACGAACUAUUAGGGAUAUACUACUCCUUUUUAUUCCAGGAAUGGUCACAUCAUCAGUUGGUGAACUUAUUUGCUGUAAAUGCACCAGGCGAAUACGAAACUUUACAAAUUUUAUAGAAAAAUGCCUGACUGUUGAAAAAUUGCUAGUAGAGGAAAAAACGAAAACUCUAAAUCAAAAUACAAAAGAACAAACCUUGAUUAGCACUGGUGCGCCGCAUGUUAAUAAUAAUCUUUUAGGUAACGUCGGUAGCACACCACUCAGUUUUGUCUAUAUAAGUGUACCCCAAGUUAAGCAAAAUGGGGCCCAAAAUGGUGUGCCAAAUCUGCAACCCAUUCAAAUUCAACCCAUACCUAUUAAUAUCCUAUUACAACCAACCAACAAUUCUACAAUUAAUCUUGGAAAUAACAUGAUGCCCGUUAGACAGAUCGGCAGUCAAAAUGCUUCCCAAAGUCAACUUAUUAUAGUUCCAGAAAUAAAGAAGCCAGUUAGUACCAGUGUGGUCCCACAACCUCAAGUAACAGUUAACAACCAUUCCACUGCAACCAAUGAAACGACAUUAGAUCAUUUGACCAAUUCGAAAAAUCAGGUCAAUUUGGAAGGGUCAACUGUAGGAAACAGAAUUUGUAGGAAUUGUGGAGAUGUAUUUACAUCAAAUGACUGGAAUACAGUAGAGUGCUCAAAAUGUGCUGGUAGUGAGAAAGAGAUAGAGCUUAAUUUAUCAGACGUACUGCCUAACGGUUUUGACAGUGACGAUGAAGGUAACGACAUGGAAAUGGUAACCGAAAAAGAUUCUGUCAGUCUCAUAAAAGAUGCAAAAAGGGUGACAACAAGUGACGUAUUUAAGAACCUCAGAGGUGAGUUCCGCGAUACGAUUAUAAGCGUCCGUCAACCAUCGGAGCAAAUCGAAGAGUUCUUAGGAGACUACUCGAAGAGCAAUAUUAACUUAAUCGAGUACGGCCCGUACAGUCGUACCGGGUAUAAAAGAAUUAUUCUCUUGGGUAACUCAUCGUCUCAGUGUUCAGAAUGCAAGGACCUGUUAAAGAAUCCGAAACUGCUGAUGAUACAUUUCCAAAAAGCCCACACUAUACAGGAACUACAAAGUGACCAAGAGGAUGAGGAUGAAGAUCACAAGAAAAUAUUCCAAUGUCCCUUUUGUGACACUAAGACGAUUACCGGCCUGUUGUUGGUAGAACACUUGCGUCAAAUGCACAAGAUCGAAAAACCCUUCAAGUGCGAAAAAUGUGGCAAGGAAUUUAAAAAGCGGGAGGUGUUUUUGGAACACUUUAAGAAAUAUGAGAAGAGCUCCGAUUGUUCAUUCAGGAAAUGCCGAUUCUGCGACGAGAUGCUAAACAAAGAGGGGAUGAGAAAACAUUUGAAAUACCAUCGAAGCAUCGUGUGUGACCAGUGUGGAAGAAGUUUCGUAAGCAUUCAUACAUUUAAGUUGCACUAUGCUAACCAUCAGGGUGAGGACGAAAACAAAAGCAAAACGGAACAGACCCAUCUAUGCCCUACUUGUGGCAAGUUACUUUCAAAUCGUCAGACUUGGAGAGCACACGUAGCAAUUCACGGACAACGUGCCAGGAACUACAUAUGUCACAUGUGCCCAAAAACGUUUUUAACGUCGCACUCCUUGAAAAUUCACAUCUCUUCCUCUCACGUGGAGAAAAACAUUAUUUGCUCCAUAUGCGGCAUCAAAGUAAGGACCAACUCGGCACUGGUUAACCAUUACAAUUUGAAACAUUCCGACGAUUACGCACACAAGUGCAACAUCUGCGGGAAAGGCUUCAGUCGAAGCGAUUACUACAGGCGUCAUAUGAAUAAGCACGCGGGUUCUAGCUCCAUGGGACGCGCUUAUGGAAAGAAAAAAUACAACUAUUCCGUAAAAAUCGAUCCUAAGCCAGUGAAGUGUAAAUAUUGCUUGAAAGUGUUUAAAAAUGUGUACCUGUUAAGAACCCAUCUUAUGAGCCACGUAAAGAGCAUAAGAUACAAAUGCAAGUUUUGCAACAUGACAUUCGCCAAUACCGGGACCAGAUUCCGACAUCAAAAAAGGCACGCGGACCCCAACUUUGAUUUUAGUUGCACGAUUUGCUGGAAGCGGAUGGAUAACAAGGCAAAAUUGGAGGCGCAUAUGGCCGUUCACGAAGAAUCCAAGAAAUACGAGUGCACGGUGUGCAAGGAGCUAUUCUGCAGUAAAUACUUGUUGAAGCACCACAUGUCUGAGCAGCAUAUUCCUCAAGAUGUCGUGGAAAAAGAGAAACAAAUAGUUCUGUCUAGUGCUUUGGAAGAAUUCCUGUUGUGAAAUCCUCUUAUAUCGCAUAUAUCAUAAUUGUUAAUGUAAGUUAUAGUUUACUUUUAAUAAAAUUGUAAAUAAACUAUUUUA